AUGAAAACAACCUUUUUUUCAGAGUCUUCGGAAUGGUCACUUUUUAAAUUUCUGAAGUUUAGACAGAAUGAAGAUACCUGGACAGCGGAUAAGCAGAAAGAACAUUCUACGUAUAUUACGACCUUACGUAGGAUAGCAGAAAGUGGAUCAAGCAAACAACCUAUAGUAGUUUCUGCUCUGGACACUUUUGAAGUUAAGGGCGAGGCAAAUACUAAAGAAGUGACAGAAUUUUGGGAAGAUAUGGAGAAAGAGCAAAAUGCCAAAAAAUUAAAAAAUAUUCUUAAAGAUUUAGAUGAUGAUUUUGAACCGAUCGAGCAAAUCACAAAAAAAGAAAAACAUGGAACUAGAAGCGGAAGGAAAAUUCCAGAAUAUUGUGAAAUGACCUCCAGUUCAUCUGAAGGAGAUAAUAAUGCAAGUUCCGAUCAUGAACAGCCAAGUAUUGAAGAAGAAAAAACGUCAGCAAUCCGUUCAACCAAAAGGAUGAAGUCAAACGACCAAGAGCAGUCAGUGAACGAGGAUGAACUCCAAAUAUCAUCGGGAUACUCUACACCAUCACCACAGUUAAGACCACCUGAACAGCUCAUACACCAAAAAAUCAUGCCGGUCCAGGACACAACAUUAAACCCAGAAUAUGAAUUAAAAUUCAGAGAGGCAAUCAAGAAAGCAACAAAAAAUCACGUGAAUGUGCCACUGAUUGGCUCUAUACAGAACUUGCAAGUGAUCGAAAUUUGA